CAGUAAUAACUCUACAGCAGACGGGUAUGUAGGAGAUAUAUAAACAGUGUUAGUUCACUUUAUUUGUUGUCUCCGUCGAGGUUGUGUUUCGUGUGGGUUUUUCGAACUUUUACUUGCAGACGAUGGCGGGGCUUCUUCGACAUGCUUCUUCUCUAGAGCGCUCUCUAUUUGCAGCACAGGGUUAUAGACAAGGUAUUUGGGGGCUAUCUUCCCAAAUUUGCUACUUUUCUUCUAAAGUUGGACGGAAGUCUAAGUCUUAUGGAAGUGAUUCAGGUGAAGAGAACAUGUCUAAGAAAGAUUUGGCCCUACAUCAAGCCCUGGAUCAGAUAACAAAUGCCUUUGGAAAGGGAGCAAUCAUGUGGCUUGGCCGCUCUGUUUCUCCUAGACAUGUUCCUGUGGUGUCUACAGGAUCUUUUGCUUUGGAUAUGGCAUUGGGGAUUGGUGGACUCCCAAAGGGACGUGUUGUGGAGAUAUAUGGCCCAGAGGCCUCUGGGAAAACAACUCUUGCUCUUCAUGUAAUUGCUGAAGCACAGAAACACGGAGGCUACUGUGUCUUUGUUGAUGCUGAGCAUGCUCUUGAUCCAAAGUUGGCUGAGACGAUUGGUGUAAAGACUGAAAAUUUGCUUCUGUCACAACCAGAUUGUGGGGAACAAGCACUAAGUCUUGUGGACACCCUAAUUCGCAGUGGGUCCGUUGAUGUUGUUGUUGUGGACAGUGUAGCUGCUCUUGUGCCUAAAGGUGAACUUGAUGGUGAAAUGGGAGAUGCACACAUGGCAAUGCAAGCAAGACUGAUGAGCCAGGCACUUCGCAAGUUGAGCCAUUCAUUAUCCCUCUCCCAGACUAUUUUGAUCUUCAUUAAUCAAGUGAGAUCAAAGCUGGCCACUUUUGGAGGAUUUGGAGCUCCUACUGAAGUUACUUCAGGAGGCAAUGCUUUGAAGUUCUAUGCAUCAGUGCGCCUAAAUAUUAAAAGAAUCGGGCUUGUCAAGAAGGGAGAAGAGACCGUUGGGAGUCAAGUUCUUGUGAAGAUAGUAAAAAACAAACAUGCUCCGCCAUUUAAAACUGCUCAGUUUGAGCUUGAGUUUGGCAAGGGAAUAUGCCGUGAUGCAGAGAUUGUAGAGUUGGGUUGCAAGCACAAAUUGAUCACCAAGAAGGGAUCAGCAUACUACAGCUUUGAUGAUCGGAGCUUCCAUGGCAAGGAUGCUAUUAAACGAUACUUAGCUGAGAAUGAGGAUAUUCGAGAGCAAUUGAUGACCAGGCUCCGGGAUAAGCUAAUGCACAUGGAGACUGACAAGGAUAAGGACUCAGAAAUUGAUACCCCAGAUACAGAUGCAAUGGAAGAGAGCGUUUCACCUGAUACAACUGAUGAGGAAGCUAUCGCUGCUGCUGAGGCCUAAGUUUGCAAUCCACUGUCAAGUUUAUUAAGUUGGGCCUCCUUAUUCCAGGACAAAGCCAAGGCUUCUGGGUGUGAAAGUGUGUUUCGUUUCAAUCACCGUUGCUGAGAUGUUAGGUUGCAAUCUACUUAAAGUUGUUUACU